AUGGCCUAUAGCUGCUGCUCUGGAAACUUCUCCUCUCGCUCCCUUGGUCACUGCCUGCCCUCCUCAGGUUCCUCCUGUGGCUCUUCCUACCCCAGCAACCUGGUGUACACCACUACCAGCUGCUCUCCCAGCACCUGCCAGCUCAGAUCCUCUUUCAGCAGUGGCUGCCGGGAAACCUGCAUUGAGCCCACCAGCUGCCAGACUUCCUGUGUGGUGUCCAGCCCCUGCCAGAAGCCCUGCAUUGAGCCCACCAACUGCCAGAGUUCCUGUGUGGUGCCCAGCCCCUGCCAGAAGCCCUGCAUUGAGCCCACCAACUGCCAGACUUCCUGUGUGGUGCCCAGCCCCUGCCAGAAGCCCUGCUACUACCCCAGGAGCUCCACACCCUGCAGUCCCUGCCAGGGAACAUAUGCUGGCUCUCUGGGCUUUGGGUCCAGCAGCUGCAGUUCCCUGGGCUAUGGCUCUAGAAGCUGCUACCCAGUGGACUGUGGAAACAGUGGCUUCAGAUCCCUGAAAUGUGGAGUCUAUGGCUUCCCUUCCCUGAGUUAUGGAUCCAGAUUCUACUACCCAACCUACUUGGCUUCUAGUUCCUGCCAACCAUGUUUCAGACCAAUCUGUGGAUCAGGCAUCUUUGGAAUCAACUGCUAA